AUGAGUAGAAGAAGUCGUGCAUAUUUUAUUGGUUUGAUGCGCAUCAUCCCCGUCGGUGGCAAGAAAACCGUCAGCAGGAAAAGUAUGAUAAUAUGUCAAAGAAAAUACGCGUUUUGUCAAAUCCCCGUUUUGUUUGUGAAAACGCCUGUUGCUCCGGCACGUUUAAGUACUCAAAUGUACAUGGACUUCGGUGGAAAGUCAGUUCUCUAUCGAAACCAUCCGAUAAGCGCCAGUGUACUUUUUUACUCCAUUCCCCAACACCACCACACCCUACUCUCGUUGACGUUUAAGUUUUUUUGCAGUCCAACAGACGAGAAAAACGUUCGCAUAUAA